GUACAGUCGAGCGACACGGUCGAUCACAUCAAGGAGAUGCUCGUGUACGCGGUCAACAGGUCGGCUGAUCAACAGCGCCUCAUCUUCGACGGCAAGCAGCUCGAGGAUGGAAGGACGCUCUCGGACUACAACAUUCAGCCAUACGCGACGCUGCAGCUCGUCUUUCGCGCGGUUGGCGGC